AUGCCUUCACCAGAACCCACGUACUUCGCUACUUCACAGCAGACACCGACGCAGAAGCAAAAUACACCAGGAGCUCAGGAUACUACAAGUGCCCCAAGCAAUCACUCUUACUAUCCGCCUUUAAAACAGCUAGCGGCACAGGUAAAAGCCCUGAAAGAUCAAUACAAAUAUCUAUCUUCAUCGAAUCCAACCGCACCAAAUCCGGCACAGAAGCAGACCACACAAGCCCCAGCGGCACAAACGACAUCCCCCAACGACCACUACUAUUACCUGCCGCCAUCGGAACCAAUCGUGCAGCAACAAAACACACAAGGGCCUCAAGAAUUUGCAGUAUCAUCCACUGAUACAUACUAUUGUCCGCCUCCGCCUCCAAUUCCACCUGGACCAUCGGUCUUAUCACAGGCGCCUCAGGGGCAGCAACCAAAUCCAGUCGCCCCGCACCAUGUUGUCCAACAUGAUCCCGUUGCGAUACUCUCUACUCAGAUGAAUACCCUCAACGUGCAAGUUGAUGAGCCAUCACAGAGUAGUAGAGUACUUGCGGAAGAUAACCGGCCACGAAAACCAGCGCCAAUCCACGCCACUGGGCCACCUCAUGAUGUUGUUCCAUACUGCCCUGAGACGAGAGGAAUAGACUAUUCACUCUACUGGUACCACAUUGCAGAUAUCCCCGAGUAUCUGAUCUGUACCAGAUGCCAUGCCGAUUACAUCCAAGACACGUCUCUUGCGAGUCACUUUGAGCGGGUAAAACAGCCCGACGACGUCGUAUCCACCUGCGGCUUCUGGCGUCCGCGUGUGAAAGAGAUUCUCUGGCCGCAGGCUGUUCGGAGCAAUGACAUUGGUGCUCUGCGUGAGUAUAUGAAGAAGCGCCUGGACGUUCUGCCAUGUGGCGGGAAAGUGGGCAGGAAGGCUGACGAAGGCGUAAAAUGGUACGGCAUGACUGAAAACGAAAUCAAUGGCUUCAUAGCAUGCGAGGCCUGCUACGAGGACUGCGUGGUGGGCUCUGCUUUUGAGUCUAACUUUGCACCUUUCCGACGACAGCAAGGCGCGAACGAGACGUGGGUUUGUGACCUAGCCUCGCCGUACAUAUCGCUUGCUGUGGUCAAGAUGGCAAAAGACAAUGACUGGGCUGGAUUUGUACCCGCCGCACUCCAGCGUAUUCAGUGCCCAGAGUGCGAUGGUAAAUUGGUGGCGUUCAACAGUCGCAACUGGUACUUGGCACGCCGCACGAUUGACGAGAUGCAUGUCUGCGAAGCCUGCUAUCUUGACAAGGUGGCAUUGACGCGGUUCGGGGGCGAGCUCGAGCGCCACAUCCCAGCUACCGGCAUCGAUGCCCUUAUUGACAAUAUGGGCAGGUCGUGGACCUGUGACCUGGCAGAUGGGAAUAUCCCAAUGGCGUUUGCCUUGGAGGCAGCCAUCUACCGGCGCGACUUCACGGUCUUCUGGAACGCGGCGAAAGUCAUCACCAGUCUCGUCCCCUGUACCCCUCACGGCAUCAUCCGUGGCAAGUGGUGGACGGUAACGGGCGGCUGCGAUGGACUGAGUGUGUGCGAGGCGUGUUACAACGGCGUCCUACAGACUGCAGAUACCGCCCAGUUCUUUGAGCCGGUGGAGCGAGAUCGCGAGGCGACCAUUGUCUGCAGCUUUUGUGUCGCAAGUCCGCGAUUCGGCCAGUUCCUCAGCAAGUACGUCGAGGCGCAAGACCGGAGUGUUUUCAGCUACUACACGGACUGCGUCAAGAAGCUGGCAGGUAUCCCACCCUGCCCGCGCCUCAAGCCCCUGAAGAAUGGAACAUGGUGGGGAUACCCAGAGAUCCUAUUCUGCCAAGACUGCUACAUGAGCUUCGUAGCGGACACAGCACUCAGCGACCUGCUCCCCAUCAAGGGAGGGUCCGAUGACCGCGACAUGGUCUGCCAGAUCUGGUCGCCGCGGAUGCGCAAAAUGUGGCUCCAGACCUGCGCGGCGGGGGCUCCCGGAUCGCCCGAGUCAGCGGCAGCCUUGGACGAGUUCCGGGCGUUUGGCAAGCGGCGCAUGGAGGUGUACAACGCGACGGUGCCGCAGGUCGACUUUAUCCGGCAGAUGAAGCAGAUGAAGAUGAUGAGCGCCAUGAACCAGGGCAUGCUGAGCGUCAUGUACAGUGGCAUGAACAGCUUCGCGGCGGUGGCCGGCACGACGGACGGCCACUUGCACGGCAACAGCUCGUUGGGUUGGUAUGAGACGGAGAACGGAGCUACAGGGGCGCAGAUGCUCAACAACAUGCAGGCCGGCAUGUCAGAUGCGAACCGUAUGGACGAGUGGGCGCAGAUGGCGCAUCUGAUAGCUGUGUGGAGUGAAGUGGAGUGA